AUGAGCCCUGCUCUUUGGGGUUGGAUGGAAAAUCAUGGACAUGUUGAAGCUAAAUUUGGAAAUGAUGAGGAAUCAGAAGCUAGUCAUGAAGCUGCAGCACCGCAAAUUCAAGAUAUUCAAAGUGAGGAAGAAAGUGUUAAACGUAACUACAGGAGAUCUCGACAAAAUCAAGAAGUAAAGGACAUGCAAUUCCAGGCCAGAUAUGAAGAUACAGAAAGUUAUGUCGAACAAAGGGCUCACUCUAUUGGUGAAGGAUUAUAUUGCACUGACGAUUAUCAAGAUUUGCCUCCACGUUUUAAGAAAAAAUUUCUAAGUUUGCUGGAAAGUGUUGGUUUCAAAAUUGAUCAUUCGAAAUCCGAGAUAGUUUGCUUUUCACCUAACACUAAUAUCGAUUUUGGGAGGCAAAACUCAGAGAGUCAUAAAAGUGUAAAAAGUACUGUAUCUGUAAAUGAUACUUCAUAUCAAAAUCAAUCUUCUAGCAGUCAAUCUCUUUCAAGUCAGGACGACAAAGCCAGCAGGCAGUACUGGUCAGACAAUAAAUUUGUUGCAACAAAUAAACCAUUUUAUGAAACUUCAAAGAAUAUUCAUUCUAAAUCAAAUCACUCUGUUGAUAUAGUUAAAGAACAUUCUGAUCCUAUAUCUCAACAACAGAAAGAAACUGAUAUAAAGUCAGAUAUAAAAUUGAAGGAGAGAAACUGGAAUAAUAGAAGAGGGAAACAAGGAACAGAUUUUAAUAAUGAAAAUCCUUAUAUCAGGAAAAAUCCUAAUACUGAAUAUUCAAACCAACCUGAAUAUACUUCAUCUCAUAAUCAAAAUAAAGGAGGCAAAUUCACCAAAGAGGUACACAAUGACAAAUUUUGCCAUCAGAAGAAAAAUGAAAAUUUUGACAAAGGGUCAAGUCACCAGAAAAGUUUUGGCAAAAGUAUUAAAGAUGAGGUGCAGAAUUUUAUUGAACAAAAUCGGGAUACCACUUCUAAUUUAAACUGUCAAACUGUAAAAUCAGCGAGAAAACCUCAUUCAGCUGUUAGUAACAAAGUUAGGGAAAAUUGUGAGGACAGUGAUAAUAUUUAUUAUUACAAAGCUGGUAAAAAUAACUAUAAACAUGGGUCUGAUUUUGCACACGGUAAAGUUCAUCGAAAUGAUUCUUAUCGAAGAGCAUCCAAUACAAGUCAACCAAAUAAAUUAGAUGGAAGUAAAGACUCUAAUUCAAGCUUGGAAAAUCGUAAGCCCAUGUCAAGACAAAACUCAGCUGUGCAAAAUCAAAAAUCAGACAGUAAAAAUGCAUCAAAUUAUUCUGACCACAAUUCUCACAAAGCUGCUCAAGUGACUUAUAAAGAUUCACAUUCUAACAUUUCAUCAUCUGUACAUAGUAAUAAACCUAACUUCAAUGCAAAUAAGUUUUCUAAUAAAGAGUCUUCCACAAUUUGUGACAAAGACACUGAGUUCAGGCAAGAUCGUGACAAAUCAACAAAAGUUCCUCUUAUAGACAGAAGCCCUUGUAAAAGUUCAUCUGUAGAUGCUCGUAAAGAGAAUAACAGUCCCGAAACCGUAAAAACUUUGAAAGAUAGUCGAACAGUUUUUGAGAAUUAUGUAAACAACUUGUAUUCUAAGCUAGAAAUUGUUGAGACUAUGCUUGAUGUUCGAAAAUUGCGUGUUGAUUUUUCUCGUGAAUGCAAUAGUUUUGCAAGAUGUCUUCCUAUUUAUUCUCAAAAGGAGAAGAUUUUAGAGUUGUUAAGAUUUUAUUCUGUGUCUGUUAUUGUUGCAGAAACUGGUUCCGGUAAAAGUACACAACUCGUGGAAUACUUUCUUCAGACUGAUUUUGCUGCAAGAGGUACAAUAAUUUGCACUCAGCCUAGAAAAAUAGCAGCCAUUGGCCUUGCUGAAUAUGUAAGCAAACAACUCGGAUCUUCUGUUGGUAAGAUUGUUGGGUAUGAUAUAGGACUUGAGAAAAAGUACUCUGAGGAAUCAAAAAUUCUCUAUGUGACUGAUUAUUGUUUAUUGAAAAGAAUUUUAGUGAACAAAAAAUUAAGUGGGAUAUCUUGUGUCAUUGUUGAUGAAGCUCAUGAGCGUACUUUACAUACUGAUCUACUUCUGAGCUUAUUGAAGCUUUGUAUUGUUGCAAGACCAGAUUUUAGAGUUGUUAUAACCUCUGCAACUAUUAAUCCAACAGUGUUUAGAAACUAUUUCUCACUUAAGGAUGAAAUGAUUAUUAGCAUUCCUGGUCGACUUUAUCCAGUAGAAGUAAUUUGGCUGGAAGAAGAUGUAGAUCCAGAUUGGAAUUACUUAGAAGCAUGUGUGAAACUUGCUCAUCACAUCCAUGCUGAAAAAAAUAAGGGUGACAUUUUAGUGUUUUUAACAUCACCUAGUGAAGUAGAAGAUGCAGUUCAAUUGUUCAAAACUAUGUGUAAGAAAAACUCUUUGCCACAACUCAUAGGAUUACAUGGAAAAUCAGACCUUAAUGAGCAGAGGUUAAUAUUUCAAAGUUCCAUCGAUUGUCGCAAGGUCAUAUUUGCUACUAAUUCCGCAGAAACGUCUUUGACUAUUCCUGGUAUAAAAUUUGUUAUUGAUAGCGGAAUGGCUAAAGAAAAGAUCUAUUUCCCUAGGAAAAAUAAAAGUUCUUUAGUUGUUUCCUUCAUAAACAGAAGUUCUGCCGAACAGCGUAAAGGCAGAGCUGGUCGAACUCAGCCUGGUGUCUGUUAUCGUAUGUAUAGUAAGAAUAAUUAUUACAAUCAUAUGAAGGAAAGAGCUUUACCUGAAUUACUGAAAACUAAUAUUCAAACUGCAAUAUUAAAAAUCAUGGAAUUUGGUGUUGAACCGAAAGAUUUUGAUUUUGUUGAAUCCCCACCUAAAGAAGCAUUUUCCAAAUCUCUAGAAUCCUUAGAACUACUAGGUGCUGUUGAAAAUAAUAAAUUGACUGAUAUGGGAAGAAGAAUCAAUCAGAUGACCAUCGAACCAAGGUUAGCAAAAUUGGUACUUGAGGGUAUUCGAAAUGAAAUCGGGUAUGAAACCAUAAUUAUUGCUUCAUUAGUAUCUGAAUCAGCCAAAUUGUUUUCAAGAAAUGAAUUCAACAGAGAUGAAGCUGAUAAAAUGAAAGUCAAGUUUUGUAAAAAAGAAGGGGACUUGUGGACAUUUUUAGAUGUUUACAAGCAAUGGCAAGAAGUUCCCUGGAAAGACAGAGAUGCAUGGUGUACAAGAAAUUAUAUUAGUUCUAGAGCUUUAAGAAUGGCGUCCAAAUCUGUCGAUGAAAUUUUGAAAAAUUUGCGUUUGGACCUUUCAAUUCAUGUGCUAAAGAGAUAUAACAAUUCAGCGUUUAAAGCAAACUUCCAAAAUGUUAUUUUCAGUUGCUAUUCAGAAAAUCUUUGUGUUUUUUCUGGACAUCCAAGAGUUGGUUAUUUCUCACCUUAUUUAUCAGAAUCAUUUUGUAUACAUCCCUCAUCUGCAAUAAGCUACCUCAGGAUGGAAAAUCCUAUGUUCCUAGUGUAUAGUAAUCUGAUGGAGACGUCACGGAACUUUAUGCUUGAUGUAACUCCUCUUUCUGAAGAAAUACUCAGAAAGGAAUGCGGCAGGGGUGUCUAUAAGUUGGACAUAGCCAUGCUUAAAAGGUUUCAGAUUCUGCCUAAAGUUUUGGGCCCAUUUGGUGAAUCAGUUUUGAUCAGACAUGUUCUUGGCAAAGGGGGCAGGAAAAUUGUAGAGUUAGAAUCCAUGAUUGAAAGGUACACAAGGACUAAAAAUUUUAAAAUUGAUGUUUUAGUUGACAAGGGGGAAAUAAUUAUAUACGUUGAAAAGAGAUUUCAUGAGAAAAUUGCCAACUACAUAAAUGAAAUGGUUACGGAAGCACAUAAAGAAAUGCUCAAGGAAGAAGAUACCAUAAGAAUGCCGAAGAGUUCAUCUUAUUGCUGUUUGGGGGCUGGAGGUAUUAUUAGUGAUAUUAUAAUGCCUGGAGAAUUUAAGGAAAUUACUAUUGAACUGCAAAAUUUCAAAACUGUUAAUGAAGUUGUAAAAAAACUGGAGGAAUUUGGUGAGUUGCGCUCUUUCAAGGUAAAAAAUGAGCACAACCGCAGAAACAUUUGCGUUGCUUUUGAAAAAGUCUCUCAAGCUCGUACUGCCUUGUUGCAGUUAAACAAAGAAAGAGGUAUUCAUUUUGUUAGAUCAAAUAUAUUUAUUCCUAAGGAAAUAAAAAAGUCUCUGCCCUUGUUUACCCUUGAUGUAUCUUGGUGCCGUCGACCAGUCAGUGGUUAUGGUUUUGUUGAAUUUAAAUCAGAACCAGACUGUGUUAUUGCAUCUGGAACAUUAGCUCGCUCUUCAUUUUAUAUAAAUGAUAAAUACAUUAAUUUCGCUCCUUCUAAACACAGCCCCAGAGAAUUACAUAUGACGAAUCUUCCUGCAAUGGUGAACGAAGAGAUGAUCGAAGCCAAGUUAAAAGAGCGUUUACCAGCUGUUCUAACUGUAAAAAAUGUAAACUUAAUGAGAUCAAAGCAGGAUAAACUCACUGAAGAAGAUAUAGGACGCAUAAAAUCGAAACUGUUAAAAUUAUUUGGCAAGUAUUCAGCUUCUGACAAAAUGAUAAUUGAUGUUAAAUAUCCGAAGAGCAGUGACGUUUACUGGAGAGCCUUUGUUUAUUUUGAGAAUAUUAAAGAUGGAGAAUCUGCCUUCAAGCAGUUGAAUGGGAAAGCUGAAAUAGAUUCUUUCCCUGUCAAACUGAAACAGGUUUUGACUUCUCGACUAUUUUGUAAUCUUAGAAUAUACAAAGCUGUCGAAAGUGAAAUCGAAAAAUUUGUUCGGAUGAAAGAAAAAGUGUGCGAUCAAUUUUCUAGUGAAUAUAACUCAAAAACUGAGAACAUUGUAAUAAAAUUUGGUUGUAAAAACAUUUUGGAAUUGAACGCAAUGCAGCAGACUAUUUUGAACUUGAUACUAGGAAGGCAAAUAAAUUGCUUUGGGAACUCAAAGUACCUUUUUCUUUUCAGUCAAAAUGGUAAAUCAUUAUUAAAAUCGAUUCAAGAUUCUACAUGUACAUAUAUCUGUGUCAAUGAUUUGAGAAGAAUUUUGUCGAUAUACGGGUCCCAUGAGGCAUGUAGGGAAGCAGAACUACGAAUUCAUUCUCUCGCCACAGCUCCAACAACCUGGAAAGUUUUUGACAUAAAGCGCUCAAGUAUGCCUUCUGGAUUUUUGAAAGCCUUGUACAGUAAAUAUGGUUUUGAUUUAUAUGAAUUGUUGAAUACAUGUAAACUUAAAGUGGCCAAUGUAGAUGUUGUUGCUGGAACUUUAACUCUGGAGGGUGAUAAAGAAAAUGUCAAAAAAGCAGAAAAUGAGUUAGAAGAAAUAUGCUCUCAGCUAAGUGAUUCAAGCAAUCAAAAUGUUUUGGAAGAUAAUCAGGAGUCAUGUCCUAUUUGUCUGGAAACUAUCAAUUAUGAUUUUUUGAGACUGGAGCAUUGUGGACAUGCAUUUUGCAGGCAGUGUCUUCUGUUGCAAUUGGAGUCCAAGUCCAUUCCUGUCAAGUGCAUUAAAGAGAACUGUGGCAAAUUUUUGUUUUUGGAAGAUAUUAAGAAGAUAUUGUCAAGCGGUGGGCAAGAUCUCAAAAAGUCAUUUUGUUUAGCAGCUGUUCAGUACCACGUGAACAGUAAUUUAGAUAAACUUAGCUAUUGUCCUACUCCUGAUUGUCCAAUGCUCUAUCGUCGAUCUAAUGAAACUUUAGCUGAGUUCAACUGUCCACUGUGUGAAAAUAUCAUCUGUCGAAAUUGUCAAACACUAUAUCAUCAUGGAAUGUCUUGUGAAAUGUAUAUAAACAGCAAAGAAGAUUCUGAUUAUUCAUUAAAAUGCUGGAUGAAGGAAAAUGAUAUUGAUCGAAAGUUAUGCCCGCAAUGUAAAGUACCCAUCGAGAAAAACAGUGGAUGCAAUCAUAUAGAAUGUCUAAAUUGCAAAGCUCAUUUGUGCUGGCCCUGUCUGAAGGUUUUCCCCAAAGGAGAGGAUGUAUACGAGCAUCAACCGUAUUGUGUAAUGAAUCAGUAAAAUCGUCUACUAGAUCUUGAUAUCAGGAUCGAUCAAGCAACAGGAAUCAAGAAAACAAUUAGUAAAGAAAUCCAUAUCAAAAGUUUAAAAUUUUGAAAUGCUAAAAGUUUGGUCAUAUAAUUAACUGGGAGAAUAAGCAAUCAUUCUCUUUGAUACAGUCCAGCACUCAUAAUCAAAAAUAAAUUCAUAAAGAAGCAGGUAUAUGUUUAAUAUCUUAAAGUAAAAAAAAACUAUUGCAGUUAAUUAUUAUGUUUUCAUUGAUGCUUUCAUCUUUAAAAAAUUCCAUGUUUAUAAAAUGUUUUCACAACUCUGAAAAUUUCUCAGGGGCUUCCGAACAAAAAUUCUUUUGUAUCUUUCACUUUGUAUUUUGUAAUUCUUUUGUCUGAAAACUUUUCUUUUCAUUCACAUCAAAUGAUUCAUUUUGAUUUAGUUUUCUUAUUUAUCAUGUUCACUCUUCUCUUCUCAAUUAAAAGCUUUUUAGUUAUCAUUGAAAUUUAAUGCUAUGGCAAUUAAUAUUUUUGCAUAUCAAGUUGUAAGGACGAUAUCAAAACUUAUUUUUAGCUAUUUGGUAAAAAUCAGAUUUAUUUAUGUACGUAUAUUAUAUAGUUGUAACACCAAGUUCCUUUUGUAUCUGUGAUAUUAAUGCAUUUAGUGUAUUAAAUUUACUAUUUUUUUUUCUUACAUCAAAAACAAAUUUUGAUAAAUUUUCAUCAGAAAAGGUGAAAAUUUAUCAUUUUGUAGUAAAAUUGCUUCCUCUUAAAGUAAGAAAUGUUAUUUUAGACCAAAUUAUAUUUUCAAUGUGCAAUUAACUUUAUUUGCAGAAAAUAAGUGCUGUUGAGUUUUAGAAAAUCAGUGAGAACAUGUAAAAAAUGUAAAUACUUUGUAAUUUGAUAAUGUACAGAUUAUUUUGUAGAUACAAUUAUUGAGAUUAUUUCUAUGUGCUUUGAACUGAAAGAAAACGUAUGUUCUCUCCUAGAUUAUGUGGUAAUACUAUUCUGGGGAGGUGGGGGUGUGGGUGUGGGCCUGAGUAGUAUCUACAAAUUUAAAACGGCAACUAAUGUAGUAACAUUGCAGCUAUUAAUUACUCUUCCUUUAUAAAUUUGUGGAAUUAAUUUUCUUCCCUCAAAACAGUUUCAACAUUAUGCUUAUCUUUUUGCUGUGAUUUGAUAGAUUUAAAAUUGUUUAAAUUUAUUUUAUUUGCAUGAAUGUCAUGGUUAAAUAUUUAACCCUAUGACAGAUAUAUUUAUAGUUUGCUUAGACCAAAAACAGCAAUGAGAAACAUUCAUUGUGACUUUAUUUUGAACAUUUUGUGUUUUUUCAAUUUUUAUAUCACCUAAAAAUGCAAUGUUUCAUAAAAAUAAUUUUGAUAGUUGUUUAAAAAUAAUAAGAUAUUUUAUUAUUGAUUUAGAAAUUCAUAUUAUUAUAAACUACUUGAGCUUAUAAAUUGAAAACCCUUUAAAUUAUUUUUUGGUAUUGCAAGAAAAGGUAAUUAAAAUUGCAUAUAUGCUUUUAAAAGAAAUUAAAAAAGACAAUAAUGUAUAUUGUUCCAAUAAAAUCCAUUUUU